UCAUCUCCCCAUCCCGCCCACUAGCUCGUGAGUCCACGGAAGCCCAGACCAACAAGCGAAGCAGCUCUCAGCUGCAGCCAUGGCGACGACCGCCGCCGCGCCGGGCCUCGCCGUCGCCGCAACCGAUCCCAUCCGCUCCUUCCUAUCCUCCGCCGCCGCCUCGGGCGACCUCGGCGCGGACCUCCGGGAGCUCGCGUCUGCGCUCUCAUCGGAGCCCGCCGUCCCCUACCGCUCCCUCCGCGCCAUCUGGUGCGCCGCCUCGCCAGACGCCCGCCCGCCCCUCCGCAGCCUCCUCCGGGGCGCCGACUUUGUGCUUCCCAGCCCCAAGCCUCGCGAGAAGAGCGAUGAGCUCAAGGCGAGGCUGGAGAAGCUCCGGGAGAUGCAGGAGAGAAAGGAGUACGCCGAGCUAGUCAAGGACGUUGCGCCUCCCAGCAGGGAAGACAGCCCUGAGCCCUUCUCAUCCUACAAGGAUCAGAUCGGAUUCGGUCUGCAUGUUGUUGUUAUAAUGUUUACAGGUUAUUUGGUCGGAUUUGCCAUGUUCAGAGCUCUGUUCAACAAUAGCCCUGUACUGGAACCUUGUGGUGUUUCUUUUUUCAGAAUGCUGCUGGAGGUAUCUUAGGAUUAGUCGGUGGAAUGCUGGUGGAGACCAUCCUUUUCAUCAUCAGAUCAUCAAGUAAAGAGUUGGCAUCUUCUGUUCCAAGAUCGAAGAAAGUUCAGUAGGCACUUGAAGUGCCCUUGUCAGUUGGUGGCGGGGAACGAUGAUAGGCCUACCUUUUGAAGCGUAUCGAGCAUUUGUUUGAGUUCAAAAGAUGCAAUUCAUGGACUAGAUGAACUUGACAUCCAGAUUGAGUUUGUAUCAAGAUGGAAUAGGACAGAGGGAUUUGAUUUCACUGUUUUUAGUCAUCCAGGAGUUUGUACCUCGCCCAGUAGGCUUGACGUUGAAGAGCAUACUCCUACACUGCGUCUGCAUAUAUGUAAAUGUAAAAACUACAUGCAAGAGGCUGAUAUGUUUGUGUUACAUAUUAUCGUUGAAGAGUAUAUUGGGUUGAUAUUUUUCAGUUACAUACAA